AUGAGGUUGGCUGUGUUCUUCUCUGGGGCCUUGCUGGGGCUACUAGCAGGUAAGGGGACAGGGGGAGGGGGCCCCUGGGAAGAAGCCUGCCCUGGGUUGCUAACCUGUCUUCCUCAAAGCCCGGGGACAGGGAAUGAUUAUCCUCAUAAAAAAUCUGCCACUCUGCUGCCAUCCUUCACAGUGACACCUAUAGCUACAGAAAGCAUGUCAAACCCUGGAACAACCGGCCACAGAACUACCAAGAGCCACAGAACCACCACUCAGAGACCCACCACCACCACCACGCAUACAACUAACACCACAGGAACCACCAGCCGCGAGUCCCCAACAGCCACUCAUAGUCCUGCUACCACCAGCAGUCAUCAAAAUACUACAAUGCGAGUUCUGUAUCCAACCCAGGGUGGAGGAAAGGCCUGGGGUAUCUCUGUACUGAACCCCAACAGAACCAAGGCCCAGGGGAGCUGUGAAGGUCCCCAUUCCCACUUGCUCCUCUCAUUCCCCUACGGACAGCUCAGCUUCGGAUUCAAGCAGGAUCCACCGCAGAGCGCUGUCUACCUGAACUUUAUGGCUGUGGAGUACAACGUGUCCUUCCCCCAGGCAGUGCAGUGGACAUUCUCAGUUCAGAAUUCAUCCCUUCGAGAUCUCCAAACCCCCCUGGGCCAGAGCUUCAGUUGCAGAAAUGCAAGCAUCAUUGUUUCACCAGCUUUACACUUAGAUCUGCUCUCCCUGAAGCUACAAGCUGCUCAGCUGUCCCCCUCAGGGGCCUUUGGACCAAGUCCUCUGGAGACACCGAGAGUACAGGAGGUGGAAAGUUACACCGCCCACACCCAACGCCAUUUUGGAGACUCACGCCCCUUCUCUCUCAACUUCGAACAAUGUAGUAAGCUGGAAGAAGACAAGAUGGCGCCGAGCAGGUGGACCGGGGAAAGGAAGCUGUUUCCAUUUCUUUCAGAAUGGAUGACUGGCCUCCCUGGUCUGACAGGUCCCAAAGACCACAGUACCUACAGGACCACACAGAUACCAACCUGGAAGGCCUGGGGGCGGCCUCCUGUGAGUGCAGGCCUCCGUGGACUUUGGGCCCUGUGGCGCCUCCCUUCCUGGGCCGCACCUCCAGCCUCAUCCACCACAACCCACAUCCACAGCUCCCACUCCAACCUCCAGGGCAGCCCUGUGGGUCAGAAAGUUGAAGUCCCUUGA